AUGAAGCCUGCCCUUAAAUUUAACGGUGUGGAAUUGCAGAUAGUUCCAGUCCGAGCUUGUUGCUUGGAGCCAUUAGGCAUCUCUAUUAGCUACAUAGCCAUGGAUGGCGAACUGAUAACUUCCGGUUCAGCAUUUCAAGUGAUGCUAAUCAGACACAAUGCAACAGCGCAAACGGAUCAGACAGAACCGUUGGAUUUAUCAAUAUCAAAAGUGAGAGAUGAUGGAGAUGGAUCACAAUGCUUAUCAGUGGAAAGAAAAGAUGAAGGAGAGGUUGGUUUGCAAAUGCUUCAAAUAAAACCCCUAAAUUCACCGGUUCCAAAAGUGAAACAGGAAGGAAAUAAGUCGCAAGGCUUAUCAGUGGAGGGAGUGAGUGAUGAACGAAUUAAACUUCGGCGACAAUUCGUUCCAAUCGAAACACCGGUGGAAGUGAUCGAGCUAUCAAGGCAAGAAAAAAGGACGAUAAAAAAGCAGCGUUGUGACAUAUGUCGAAAGGAAGUGGCAAAAAUAAAAGAACAUAUGAUGACUCAUACCGGUGAGAAGCCGUACAGUUGUUCAAUAUGCAAAAAGAAAUUUAGUCGCUCUUCGCAUGUGAAAGGACAUAUGAUGACUCAUACCGGUGAAAAGCCGUACAGUUGUUCGACAUGCAAAAAAAUUUUCAAUGAUUACUCGAAUAUGAAGAAACAUAUGAUGACUCAUGCCGGUGAAAAGCCGUACUGUUGUUCGAUAUGCAAACAGAAUUUCAGUCAGUCCCAAAGUAUGAAAAAACAUAUGAUGAUUCAUACCGGUGAAAAACCGUACAGUUGUUCGAUAUGCAAACAGAAUUUCACUCACUCCCAAAGUAUGAAAAAACAUAUGAUGAUUCAUACCGGUGAAAAACCGUACAGUUGUCCGAGAUGCGGAAAAAGUUUCAUUGUGUCCGGUAACAUGAAAAGCCAUAUGAUGACUCAUACCGGUGAGAAGCCGUACAGUUGUUCGAAAUGCGGAAAAAGUUACACCCGAAAACACAGUUUGCAGUCUCACAUGGCAGCGCAAACGGACCAAACAGAACCGUUGGAUUUAUCAAUAUCAAAAGUGAAGGAGAAAGGAGAUGGAUCACAAGGCUUAUCAAUGGAGGCAGUGAGUGAUGAAGGAAUUAAACCGCUGUUACGGCUCGUUCCAAUCGAAUCACUGAUGGAAGAGAUCGAACUAUCAAAGCAAAAAGAGAGGAGAAAGAAGCAACGUUGUGAUAUAUGUCGAAAGGAAGUAACAUACAUGAAAACACAUAUGAUGACUCAUACUGGGGGGAAGCCGCACAGUUGUCCGAUAUGCAAAAGGAACUUCACUUGCUUGCAAAAUAUUAAAAAGCAUAUGAUUACUCAUACCGGUGAGAAGCCAUUCAGUUGUCGGAUAUGCAAAAAGAAUUUCACUCAGUCUUGUCAUGUGAAACAACAUAUGAUGAUCCAUACCGGUGCAAAGCCGUACAGUUGUCCAGUGUGCAAAAAGAAUUUCACUCAGAUUACAGUAGCAAUUUAUUGCUCUUAUACUUUAGUUUCAAAAAAAAUGUUAAUGGCAACAAAAGUUUUUACCAGAUAUCCAUACGUUCCUGAAAUAAUUGAUGAGGGUCGUAUAAAUGAGAAUGAACGAUUUAUAUUCUAUAAUACAACUAAGAAGGUUUGGACAUUCCAUCGAUUGGCAUUCAAUGAUUCGAUUAUGAUACGCAUGGAUAACACUUAUUUUAAUUUUUCUGAAUCAAAUAAAAAUCAGAGUUUUGUCACAUUUUACUUUCUGGAUAAGGACGAAUAUGAAAUUGUUCAUUUUAUGUUUUGUCUUGGCAGCUCUGAAGUUAAACUUAAAUGCAUUUACAAACCAUAUGAAAGUGCUGUUACUAUGUGGUGGUUUCCACCAUAUGGACAUUUGUAUCAUGAGUUUAUAUUAUUGUUUUCAAGUCAAGGCAUAAUGGUAUUCUUGAAAGAAAAACUUUAUCUUACAAGCAAAAGCUGUAUUAGUCGUAUUCCUGACAUUACCAAAUUUAAACACAAUUCAGUGGGCAUACAUAGUUUAGCAACCAUGGUAGAAGUACGACCUGAAAGUGCUAGAAUUCCCAGUAAUUGGCAUAUUAUUAAGCCGAUUCCAAUAAAUCACAAAAUUGUUAUCAAAUAUUAUCCGGAUAAGGAAGAUGAGAAGAGCAUAGUAACAAUUCGAUUAACGGAUAAAAAUGAAAUAACAGCACUUACCGUUAUUGUAGAUCAUAAAAUGGGGAUGCUUCUUGCAAGACGUGUUAGAUUAGAUAAUCAAAACAUAAAAUGUGUCGUUUUUGCACGCACUGAACGAAUAUUUUGGUCAUUAGUUGGUCAAAUUGAAAUUAGCGUAUUCCCACAUCAAUAUAAGGUUGCUAUGCGAGCCGUAAGAGGAAAAUUUUUUGAUAUGCCUAUGGACGAAUGUAUGGUUUAUGGUCAUCAUUUAUCUCCAUAUGAUAUUCAGCAAACUGUUUUUGAUUCAACAAAUAAAAGAACAGUAUUUUAUGCUUAUUAUAUAGAACCAGUGUGA